AUGUCUGUUCGAUAUAGCUCAAGCAAGCACUACUCUUCCUCCCGCAGUGGAGGAGGAGGAGGAGGAGGAGGAGGAGGAGGAUCAUCCCUAAGAAUUUCGAGCAGCAAAGGCUCCCUUGGUGGAGGAUUUAGCUCAGGGGGGUUCAGUGGUGGCUCUUUCAGCCGUGGGAGCUCUGGUGGGGGCUGCUUUGGGGGCUCAUCAGGUGGCUACGGAGGAUUAGGUUUUGGUGGAGGUACCUUUGGUGGAAGCUAUGGAAGUAGCAGCUUUGGUGGGGGUUAUGGAGGCAGCUUUGGAGGGGGCAGUUUCGGAGGUGGCAGCUUCGGUGGGGGCGGCUUUGGUGGAGGCGGCUUUGGAGGAGGCUUUGGUGGUGGAUUUGGAGGAGAUGGUGGCCUUCUCUCUGGAAAUGAAAAAGUAACCAUGCAGAAUCUGAAUGACCGCCUGGCUUCCUACUUGGACAAAGUUCGGGCUCUGGAAGAAUCAAACUAUGAGCUGGAAGGCAAAAUCAAGGAGUGGUAUGAAAAGCAUGGCAACUCACACCAGGGGCAGCCUCGUGACUACAGCAAAUACUACAAAACCAUCGAUGACCUUAAAAAUCAGAUCCUCAACCUAACAACUGAUAAUGCCAAUAUCCUGCUUCAGAUCGACAAUGCCAGGCUGGCAGCUGAUGACUUCAGGCUGAAGUAUGAGAAUGAGGUAGCUCUGCGCCAGAGCGUGGAGGCUGACAUCAACGGCCUGCGUAGGGUGCUAGAUGAGCUCACCCUGACCAAGGCUGACCUGGAGAUGCAGAUUGAGAGCCUGACUGAAGAGCUGGCCUAUCUGAAGAAGAACCACGAGGAGGAAAUGAAAGACCUUCGAAAUGUGUCCACUGGUGAUGUGAAUGUGGAAAUGAAUGCUGCCCCAGGUGUUGAUCUGACUCAACUUCUGAAUAACAUGAGAAGCCAAUAUGAACAACUUGCUGAACAAAACCGCAAAGAUGCUGAAGCCUGGUUCAAUGAAAAGAGCAAGGAACUGACUACAGAAAUUGAUAGUAACAUUGAACAGAUGUCCAGCCAUAAAUCUGAGAUUACUGAAUUGAGACGUACUGUACAAGCUCUGGAGAUAGAACUACAGUCCCAACUGGCCCUGAAACAAUCCCUGGAAGCCUCCUUGGCAGAAACAGAAGGUCGCUACUGUGUGCAGCUCUCACAGAUUCAGGCCCAGAUCUCCGCUCUGGAAGAACAGUUGCAACAGAUUCGAGCUGAAACCGAGUGCCAGAAUACUGAAUACCAACAACUCCUGGAUAUUAAGAUCCGACUGGAGAACGAAAUUCAAACCUACCGCAGCCUGCUAGAAGGAGAGGGAAGUUCCGGAGGCGGCGGACGCGGCGGCGGAAGUUUCGGCGGCGGCUACGGCGGCGGAAGCUCCGGCGGCGGCUACAGCGGCGGUAGCUCCGGCGGCGGCUACGGCGGCGGAAGCUCCGGCGGCGGCUACGGCGGCGGUAGUUCCGGCGGCGGCUACGGAGGCGGAAGCUCCGGCGGCGGAAGCUCCGGCGGCGGUAGCUCCGGCGGCGGCUACGGGGGCGGAAGCUCCAGCGGUGGCCACGGCAGCAGUUCCGGAGGCGGCUACGGGGGCGGAAGUUCUGGCGGCGGCGGCGGAAGUUCCGGAGGCGGCGGCUACGGCGGCGGCAGCUCCAGCGGAGGCCACAAGUCCUCCUCUUCCGGGUCUGUGGGCGAGUCUUCAUCUAAGGGACCAAGGUCAGCAGAAACUAGCUGGGAUACUAACAAAACCAGAGUAAUCAAGACAAUUAUUGAAGAGGUGGCACCCGACGGUAGAGUCCUUUCAUCUACGGUUGAAUCAGAAACCAAGAAACACUAUUAAACUGCAUCAAGAGGAAAGAGUCUGCCUUCACACAGACCAUUAUUUACAGACGCAUGGAAAACAAAGUCUCCAAGAAAACACUUCUGUCUUGAUGGUCUAUGGAAAUAGACCUUAAAAAUAAGGUGUCUACAAGGUGUUUUGUGGUUUCUGUAUUUCUUCUUUUCACUUUACCAGAAAGUGUUCUUUAAUGUAAAGAAAAACAACUUUCUGUUCUCAUUUACUAAUGAAUUUCAAUAAACUUUCUUACUGAUGCAAACUA